AUGCAGAUCUUUGUGAAAACCCUCACCGGCAAAACCAUCACCCUUGAGGUUGAGUCCAGCGAUACGAUCGACAAUGUGAAGUCCAAGAUCCAGGACAAGGAGGGAAUUCCUCCCGAUCAACAGCGUUUGAUUUUCGCUGGCAAGCAGCUUGAAGAUGGUCGCACCUUGAGUGAUUAUAACAUUCAAAAAGAGUCCACUCUCCAUCUCGUUCUCCGUCUUCGUGGCGGAAUGCAAAUCUUCGUCAAGACCCUCACGGGAAAGACCAUCACCCUUGAGGUUGAAUCCUCCGACACCAUCGACAAUGUUAAGUCGAAGAUUCAGGAUAAGGAAGGCAUUCCUCCUGAUCAACAACGUUUGAUCUUCGCCGGAAAGCAACUUGAGGAUGGUCGUACCCUCUCCGACUACAAUAUUCAAAAGGAGUCUACCCUUCACCUGGUCCUCAGACUUCGCGGUGGUAUGCAAAUUUUCGUCAAGACCCUGACCGGAAAGACAAUCACUUUGGAGGUUGAGUCAUCGGAUACUAUCGACAACGUCAAAUCGAAGAUCCAAGAUAAGGAGGGCAUCCCACCUGAUCAACAACGUCUUAUCUUCGCUGGUAAACAACUUGAGGAUGGUCGCACUCUUUCGGAUUACAAUAUCCAAAAGGAAUCAACAUUGCACUUGGUGCUUCGUCUUCGUGGUGGUAUGCAGAUCUUUGUUAAGACUUUGACUGGCAAGACAAUCACUUUGGAGGUCGAGUCAUCCGACACCAUCGAUAACGUCAAAUCAAAGAUUCAGGACAAGGAGGGUAUCCCACCUGAUCAACAACGAUUGAUCUUUGCUGGAAAGCAGUUGGAGGACGGUCGCACUCUUUCGGAUUACAAUAUUCAAAAGGAAAGCACCUUGCACUUAGUGCUCCGUCUUCGUGGUGGUCAAUAA